GUUUGCCUCUUCGAGGGUUCCUGUUAGUGGCCCUCCGACUGACUGCGAUUCAAACGCAAGGAAAAAGUGAAGCGUUUGCGCGGGGGGAAAACAGCCUUCGCCACGUUCUACAACUACACUCGUUCCAAAUCAGUCUCCUGCGGAUCGCCGUGGUUACCGCGGUACUGUUCCGUGCGUCCUCGUCCUGCGGCAAAACGCGCUUUCAUUGUUUACAUUACGGUUUUUGACAAACUUUUUAACAACCAACCAGCAAUCUAAAAGUGAACUAAUCGCAACAACUGACAAGCAUCGGGUGUUACAAGGAUCAUUUUAUUAUCCUUUUCGUAUGUUUUUGUGUUCGUUACAUUAUCAGGACCUGUGUGUCGAUCGGUUGGCGUGUUUUUUUUGUGAAUUUCUUUCGGUCGCUGACGGACGCAUUUCCGUAGGAUUAAGUGCUACUACCAACGUGGCCGCUUUGUUCGGAUGUAAGUGAGAGAGUGCCCCCGGGGAUUUAAAAAUCAUGUUCUCGUAACAUACCAUGUACCCUAGUGCAGGUAUGAACGCCGCGGCAGCAGCAGCAGCGGUGGCAGCAGCUCGUCACCCUGGUCCUCAACCAGGACAGCCUUUCAAAUUUACUGUAGGAGAAUCAUGUGAUAGAAUAAAAGAAGAAUUUAAUUUUUUACAAGCCCAGUAUCACAACUUGAAACUGGAAUGCGAAAAACUGGCAAGUGAAAAAAUCGAAAUCCAGCGGCACUAUGUUAUGUAUUAUGAAAUGUCGUAUGGACUCAACGUCGAAAUGCACAAACAGGUAAUGAAUUUUCACCUAUUUUUAUGA